AUGAAUCAACAUUAUGAGCUCGAAGAAAACGGCACAUAUGAAACCGCAAUUCGAUAUGAGAAUCAACCAGAUCCAAGUUCAUUUUCUAUCCCGACAAACAGAUCACCAGUCAAUAUCAUUGCCCAGAAUACAAAAACAAAAAAGAAUAAAACGAGCAUUCAUCAUGUUGCUGCUGGUGUGGGAUUUGUAAUAUUAUCAGGAUUGCUUGUUGCUAUUAUCGUACAGAUGAACAUUUAUAUACAAGCCAUAAAUUCAACAUCUCCAAUGAGUUUUCCAAGAUCUUGCCUCGAGUUGAAGAUUCAGGGAAUAAAAUCCGAUGGAAUUUAUAAAAUUAAGCCAAGCGAGCUCAGACCAGAAAUACAGGUAUAUUGCGAUAUGUCAACUGACGGUGGAGGAUGGACUUUAGUUGCAAGUGUUCACGAUGGUAAUAUUGAAACAAAGUGUGGAUCUGAUGAUUUCUGGUCAAGCUAUGUUCCUGAAAACCAACAAGCUCACGCAGGUGUGAGUAACUGGGAAAAUGAGACUGUGGUCGGAGAGAUUGAUAAAUGUACAAGCAGCGAUUAUAAAAACAUGGCUUAUUUUUCGUUAUAUGCUUCUAACGUUAUGAUAUGGCACACGCAAACAGAUUCACCAGUUUCUCAUAUGAAAGAAAACUCUACAUUACAAUACAGAACAAGUAAUAACUUUAUCAAAAAAGUUGGUGGAAAUCUCAAGUUGAUGUAUGAAAAUCACUAUCCAUUGAAAAUAACGAAUGGUUAG